AUGUCUUUUCUUAAAUUUGUUGUCUCAGCUUUGGCUGUAACUUCUGCUGUUCUUCCUGCUACAGCCGGUCUCAUCAGCAAGCGUGAUGUAGUCAAGCCUAAAGUCAUGGUUGUUUCAAUGUUUGCACCCGAAGCGGAAGCUUGGUUAAACCCCUGGAACGAUUUGUAUGCAAACAAUAUUUCCGUUCCUGGUUUAAACACUCUUUUCCCCGAGGUACACUGCAAUACAGAACAGACUGUUUGCCAGGUUACGACCGGUGAGGGCAAAUCCAAUGCUGCCAGUUCGAUGACGGCUUUGACUCUUAGUCCUAAAUUUGAUUUAUCUGAAACUUUCUUUAUUAUUUCGGGUAUUGCUGGUAUUAAUCCUUAUGCUGCUUCUCUUGCUUCUGUCAGCAUUGCUAAAUUCGCUGUCGAUGUCGAUUUGGUUCAUACUAUCGACCUCCGUGAAUUGCCUAAAUCAUAUCAGUCCGCUGGCUGGGAAAUUGAUACCGAUCCUUACGGCAACGGUACUUCUAACAACGAAGUCGUUUACCCCAAGUCAUUCAAUUACCAAACCAAUAUUUAUCAAUUGAACAACACCUUGAUCGAAGCUGCUCUAGAAAUUGUCAAGGACGUUGUCCUUCAAGAUAGUGAGAAGGCUGCUGAGUACCGUAAAAAGUACGAACAACCUGCUGCUCAACGUGCUCCUUUUAUCCUUCAGUGUGAUACUGCCACUAGUGACAACUACUGGGCUGGUAAUUAUAUGGGAGACUUUGCCAGUAACAUUACAAACGUCCUUACCAACUACACCGGUCAUUAUUGUACUUCUCAACAGGAAGACAGUGCUUCCCUUACCGCUAUUAAGCGUGCUGCUGACCAUGAAUUGACAAACUUUAAUCGUGUACUUCUCAUGCGCUCUGGCUCCGAUUUUGACCGCGGUACUGAAUCCAUCUCUGCUCUUGACAACUUGUUAAAAGAUAACGGUCAUACCCUUGGUCUUGCUGCUGCUAAUCUUUACCACGCUGGUAGACCUUUGGUGGAUCAUAUUGUAAACAAUUGGUCUUACUGGAACUAA